AUACCAGUCCUCCUCUGUCUCGAUCUCACAGAAASAAAAAGCGUUUGAACAAGGCAAAAUGGAUAUUGAGAUGCAAGAUUCUUUGGAAGAAGGGGAAACUUCUAAAGAUAACAGCCAAGAUGAGAUUAAGAAUGUAACUGACGAUUCCAAGGGUGAUGUCAAGGAUGAUGAUGAAGAGGAUGAUGAUGAUGAUGAGGAAGAUGAUGAUGAGGAGGAAGAUGAUGAUGAGAGUCCCAUACCACAAACUAAGACAAAAACCAGGAAACCGAGGUCCUUUCUGACUGGUCCCAACUGUUUUUGCAUCAUCCCAACAAACACCUGUCCAAUCUACAUCAAUUGAUACAAGUCAGGCAUCUAGCACUGUUACUACAAGUGCUCUUAUAUCACCUCUUAAAAGUCCACCUGGUCCAAGUAAAGACAUUGCAAUACCUAAAGUGAUUGCUCAUAGGGGACCUGGCCGACCACGUCUUACCUCAAGUCCCUCAAGAAGGGCAGCCUCAACACGUCCUCCUGGAAGACCAAGGUUAAGAUCACCAGGAGGAACUCCUACUCAUGGSAUUAGGAAAAUAACAUCCCCAAGUUUGACAGCAUCUUCCCUGUCAUUGCAAGGAAGCCAGUCUUUUCUUACUAGACCAGCUUCAUCAUCUCCAUCUUCACUUAUCCGUUCACCGGGACCCUCGAUAAAAAGUCCUACUUUAGGUCAUGAUCUGCCUGUCCCYCUGUCUUCACCACCUCUGUCUUCUGGCCGAAAAAGAUCUGUACGAACUAGGAUGUCRGUCAAGCAUUCUUCUGUWAAACCUGAUAGUGACCCUCAGACACUCGUGGAAUUAGUUGGUUUUACAUCAACUGGAAAAAUGCAACCAUUCUCUAUGGAUAUUUCAACUAACAGUCUUCUUCUUAUUGACUAUCACUGCCAUCUUACCACCAGUGAGGUUACUGGGUAUUUAGCUGGAAAAUGGGAUCCACAGACACAUCACAUCAAGAUUUUACAAGCAUUCCCUUGCCGGUGUCGUUUUGCUGACAAAGAAAAUGCACCCAAGGUAGAGGAAGAGAUUCGUCAAGCAGUGAGUAAAAGAGGGCUUCAUAUAGUUGGUUGGUACCAUAGUCACCCAACUUACCAGGCAGACCCAUCAGUACAGGACAUUAAUAGUCAAGUCAAGUAYCAAAGRAUGGCUCAACAAGCCCUUGGGGGAAACUAUGAACCUGUUAUAGGCAUGAUUGUCUCACCAUAUGAUACGUACAAACCAACAAAGGAAUCUACAUUCCGUACAUUCUGGGUUUCUCACUCAUCUGAUCAAGACUGUCUUGGGAUUCCUAUGCAUCUCAAUUUCACAAUUCAACAGGAUCAGUUUCUWACMCAAGAUCUUCUCAAUGAACUGAGAUGGCUGUGGAGCUUCUACAAAGGUAGUCCUGAUGCUAUUGAGUUCAGCAAUAUUUGGUAUGGACAGCAAACGUACAUGGACAAAGUUAAGUCGUCAUUGAUGAAGAAGUUUCCUACUGAUCAGGCUGAUGGCCGAUUUGUCGAGUUUAUCAACACGUUGUUAGGAUGAUCAUCAAAAGUGUGUUUUUGUAAUAUUACCUUCCUGUAAUAGUAUAUAAACGUAAUUUGGUGUGUUUGCAAUGCGUCUCAUUGUUGUCAAGUUUAUUAUAUUUGAUAAGCAAGCUAAUUUUAUUGAUUAAUUAUUUGAGGCAAAACACGUCUAAUAGUAAUAAGAUUUUUGGAGGAAAUGUUGAGUUGAGUCACUCACUUUCAUGUUAGUCAUAGUUGAGAAAUGAAAAAAACUAUUAAGUCAAAGUUAACUAAUAUAUGGUGAGCUAGUCAAAUUUUCACAAAGAGUUUUUUUUACAAAAGUGUAUGUGCUAGUACUAGGUGUUUCAGUGUUUUUUCCAUUUUUGACUUCCAGAAGGUACGAGGAAAAAUCGUGCAACAGGGGAGAAAUCUUGGCUACAAAUACUUGUAAAAUAAAACAUAAUUAGAGUUC